AUGCUCGUCCUCGACAAGGUCCUCACGGCGCUCAGAGUCAACGCGUACCCGGCGCGCGGCGGCAUGGCGUCGCUCCCGGGCGUGCGCACGGCGCUUGUCGCCGACGCGCGCGCCGAGCGGGUGGCGCUCAACUCCAAGUACCAGCAGCAGAAGGGCUCGACGGAGCCCGAGUUUGCCGAGAAGAAGCUCCACCGCGAGCUCGCACGCGUCUCGCUGGCCAGCUGCCUGGUCGUUGUCGCCGGCGAUUACGAGCCCAAGCCCAGCGACCGCCUCAAGGGCCAGGGGAGGGUGUCGAUUGCCGACAUCGUCGCCUCGUUCAUCGCCAAGGGUGACCCCAAGCUCUCGACCAAGCUCCCCGAGUGGGGCACGAGCAAGGCGCUCAUCCGUCGCAAGAAGAUCCACGCGCUCUUCCGUCCGGCCGCUGUGUUCAACUCUGUGAUGUUUAACUUCCCGGUCGUCGGGAUCGUCAACGACAAGCUCCGCACCGUCCGCGGACGCCUGUCCUCCGGAUCAGCGUCGUCGGGCAUCCUUCAUGCGGGCGUCUACGUGUCGGCCGCCAUCACGUGCGGGCGCGCCUCCCACCUCAAGCCAUAG